CAGCAUGGGUGUGGAGACAAAGUGAGCGGGCGCAGAGGGGGGGGAGUGUACAGAACAAGAGUGGAAGGGAUGUUCCAAGUGCUGUACCUGCCCUGCAGGUGUGCUUACAGUUCUCUGGAAUGUCAGAAACAGCAGUGCAAGGUCUGAGUUACGCACAGAAAUCCAUAAAACUCCUUUUAUUCUCUCCUUGUCUGUGCAUUCUCCCAGGAGGGGAGGGAAAGACCUCUUCUCUUGCAGAUCUUGGACUGGAGUGGGAUACCAUCAGUAGGGACGGAUUUACCCAAGUGAGAUUUGGUGUUGAUCCGUGCACGCUGUGGAUUCUCCAGUUCUGUGUGGGAUUGGAGAGGGAGUGCGCUAAAGUAUAUCCUUUGGACUUUGAAUCUAAAUCUCAGGAAACCCACAUUCGAUAGGGAGAUGCUGAACCCUCAUGUGUCAGGGGGUUUCCUCCUGCUGGUCCUUCUCUUAGUUCUUCCAGCUUCCCAGUCUCAGAGCAACAAAUAUAACCCCUGUGUGGCCUCUAGAGCAACCAGUUGCUCGGCCUGUAUCCGGGCUUACAAAGACUGUUCCUACUGCGCAGAUGAGGGUUUCUCUAGUGUACGGUGUGACCUGGCGGAGAAUCUCAGACGAUAUGGCUGCAGCGAGAGAGGGAUUGUUUACAUGAGAAGUGAAGUCCAGACCCAGCAGAACUAUGAAAUUAACACUCUUGUAAGCAAAACUCAAGUGUCCCCUCAGAGGAUGUCUAUGAGUCUUCGUGCUGGGGAGGAAACCUCAUUCAACUUGAAAGUGUUUGAGCCACUGGACACCCCUGUGGAUUUGUAUAUCCUGAUGGAUUUCUCUCACUCCAUGUCAGAUGAUUUAGCCAACCUAAAGAACAUGGGUCAGGAGUUAGCCAAUGUUGUAAGCACUCUCUCCAAAAAUUACACCAUUGGAUUUGGGAAAUUUGUGGACAAAGUGACUGUACCACAGACUGACAUGAGACCUCAGAAACUAAAGCAACCCUGGUUAGACAGCACUCCUCCUUUCUCCUUCAAGAACGUGAUUCGGCUAACAAGCAACGUAGAGAAAUUUAGAAGUGAACUUAUGAAAGAGAAAAUCUCUGGAAAUCUCGAUCCUCCAGAAGGGGGGUUUGAUGCCAUUCUACAGACUGCUGUGUGCACGAGUCAAAUUGGCUGGAGAAAAGGAAGUACUCAUCUGUUAGUUUUCUCUACUGAAUCAGCAUUCCAUUAUGAAGCUGAUGGGAUGAACGUCCUUGAUGGGAUACUGAAGCGGAAUGAUGAGCAGUGCCACUUGGAUGCCUCUGGAUACUACACACAUGACACUGUUCAGGAUUAUCCAUCUGUGCCCUCACUUGUUCGACUCCUAGCAAAGAACAACAUCAUCCCGAUCUUCGCCGUCACCAACUACUCCUACAGUUACUAUGAUAAGCUGAGCAAGUAUUUCAAAGUAUCUGAAAUUGGAGAAUUGAAAGAAGAUUCCUCCAACAUUGUGGAUCUCUUGCAGGAGGCCUUUACGCAAAUUCGCUCCAGGAUGGAUAUCCGAGAUGAUAACACUCCACGUGCGAUGGAUAUCUCAGUCUCAUCGGAGACAGCUAAAGUUACUGAAACAGGAUCGUUUCAAGUCACCCGGGGGGAGGUGGGUACCUUCAAAGUGAAGGUGAAGGCUUUAGAGCGGGUGGGCAACCAGCAUGUGUGUGAACUACCACCACAGGACCAAGGGAGCCAAAUUCUCCUCAAACCUUCCACCUUUACAGAUGGCCUUAAGAUUGAUGCUUCUCUGAUCUGCGACAGCUGCCCCUGUGAAUUGCAAAAGGCGUUGAAUUCACCCAAGUGCAGCUUUAAUGGUGACUUUGUGUGUGGACGCUGUGAGUGCAGGGACCGCUGGAGGGGAGAAUUCUGUAACUGCUCCAGCACAGACACAAAAAGCACCCAGUCGUGUAUUGCACCAGGCAGUACGGAGAUUUGCUCCGGUAGGGGUGACUGCCUCUGUGGUACCUGUCAGUGUCACUCAGAGUCCCCAAGCCAACAGUACCAGGGGGAGUUCUGCCAGUUCAAUAACUUCCAGUGCCCACGAUUUCUUGGAUACAUGUGCAAUGACAGAGGGCGUUGUUACAUGGGAGCCUGUGUGUGUGUUGCUGGAUGGGAAGGAGACAGUUGUCAGUGUCCUACCAGCAAUCAAACCUGCCUUGAUAGGAGUGGGGGUCUGUGCAGUAAUCGUGGGAAGUGUGUAUGUGGGCGCUGCCUGUGUGAUACUGUGUCGCAGUAUACAGAUGCCACAUGUGAAUUCUCCUAUUCACUGCGCCAACUGGGCGUGUGCGAAGAUCUACGGACAUGUGUGCAGUGCCAGGCCUGGGGAACAGGAGAGAAUAAGGGCAAAAAAUGUGAAGCGUGUGAAAUUAUGAUUAAAAUGGUGGAUGAGUUGAAGAAAGUGGAUGAAAGGACCGAGAACUGCACUUUCCGGGACGAAGAAGACGAUUGCACCUACGAGUACACAGUAGACCCAAACGCAGUGCAAGGAAACUACACUGUGCUGGUCAAAAACAAAAAGGAAUGUCCUCCUGGAGCCUUCCUAUGGCUUAUUCCUCUUCUCAUCUUUCUGAUGCUUCUGCUUGGGCUCUUAUUGCUCCUUUGCUGGAAAUACUGUGCCUGUUGCAAGGCUUGCUUAGCAAUGCUUCCUUGCUGUGGACCAGGACGUUCAGUGGGAUUUAAAGAAGACCACUACAUGUUGAGGCAAAGCCUGAUGUCAUCUGAUUACCUGAAUACCCCACUGGUGCGCUCAGGGAACCUCAAGGGUGGGGACACAGUGAGAUGGAAGAUCAACAACAAUGUGCAACGUCCACCCCCCUCCUCUGGAGAUCUGAACCCCAAGGAGCUUGUCCCAUAUGGAGUCUCACUGCGUCUUGCCCGGCUAUUCACUGAGAACCUGUCAAAGCCACAAUCCCAUGAAUGUUCCCAGCUGCGUCAGGAGGUGGAGGAUUCGCUAAAUGAGGUAUACAAGGUGAUACCUGGGACCCACAAGUUGAAACAGACAACUUUCAGGCUUCAGUCCAAUGCAGGAAAAAGACAGGAUCACACUAUUGCAGAGACCAUUUUGAUGGCUCCCAGGGAGGCUGAACCUGAGAUUGUAAAGGUGACAGAGAAACAUGUGACACAGGAGGCUUUCCAGAACAUGAAGGUUUCCCCAGGAUACUAUACGGUGACAUCAGACAGAGAUGCUCAUGGACUUGUGGAGUUCCAGGAGGGAGUUGAACUGGUAGAUGUGCGGGUUCCUCUCUUCAUCAGGGAAGAGGAUGAUGAUGAGAAGCAGCUGUUGGUGGAAGCUCUGGAAGUUCCCACAGGAAUUGCCGGUUUGGGGAGGAAACUGGUCAAUAUUACUAUUAUCAAAGAGCAAGCCAAGAGCAUAGUGACGUUUGUGAAACCUGCCUACACCUACAGCCGACAUGAACAGGUUGCUCGUGUCCCAGUCUCUCGUGAGAUCAUCCAGAAUGGAAAGACACAAGUCACAUAUCGUUCCCAGGACCUGACUGCUCGGGAGGGGAAGGAUUAUACAUUCUCUGAGGGGGAGCUCACCUUCCAGAAAGAUGACACACAGUCAGAAAUUCUAGUCCCGCUACUUGGUCGUUCAGAAGUUGACACUCUGCUGGGAAAUAGACAAGUCAAACAGUUCCUUUUAGAACUCAGUAAUCCUAAAUAUGGAGCCAAGAUUGGCAAAUACCCACAAUGCACCAUCACUAUUGAUGACACAGCAGAUGUUAUACAAAAAGCAAUGGCAGUCCAGUCUGUUCAGUCACCCCGUGGGAAGACAGGUGCUCCGUUCAACCUGAACGCCCAGGCUCUCAGUGCCAGGAAAAUUCGACUCAACUGGAUGCCUCCUCCUGGAAAACCCACAGGGUACAAGGUACGUUACUGGAUUCAAGGAGAUUCAGAGUCAGAUGCCACUGUCCUGGAUACAAAAGUGCCCUCUGCAGAGCUGACCAAUCUGUACCCAUACUGUGACUAUGAAAUGCGGGUAUGUGCAUACAAUGCUCAAGAGGAGGGUCCCUACACUGAUAUAGUCACCUGCCAGACCUUGGAGGAUGUACCCAGUGAACCUGGCCGUCUGGCCUUUAACGUCAUUUCAAGCACAGUGACACAGUUAAGUUGGGCAGAGCCGGCUGAAACCAAUGGUGAAAUCACAGCAUAUGAGGUCACCUAUGCAAUGGUCAACGAGGACAACAAACCCAUUGGUCCCACAAAGAAAGUCCUGAUUCAAGAUCCAAAGAAGCGCAUGGUUCUAAUUGAAAACCUACGAGAAUCCCAGCCAUACAAAUACACAGUGAGGGCCAGCAACAAAGCUGGGUGGGGGCCAGAGAGAGAGGCCACCAUGAACCUAGCUACCCAGCCCACCCGCCCAAUGUCAAUUCCUAUUAUUCCUGAUGCUCCUAUUAUUGAUGCUGAAGCUGGGGAGGAAUAUGACAGUUACUUGAUGUACAGCACCGAUGUCCUGCUCUCUCCAGUGGGCAGCAAGAGACCCAGUGUAUCCGACGAGUCAGGCCGGCACUGGAAGUAUGUUCCUCUCCUGGGCUCGGAGAUGGACCUGCGACGGGUCACCUGGAAACUGCCUGUAGAGCUCAUACCACGCCUGUCCAUCAGCAGCAGUCUGUCCACUGACAAUGAGAGUUUGCUGGACCAGCCUGUGAUUACCAGCUCCCUGACGAGGAAAGGGACCAUGCGAGCAAACCCAGAAGAGCAAUUACUUAAUGGACGCACAGAAUUUUCCUACUCGGGGGGCAGUCUCAACCGUAUCAUGGCAUCAGGAUACCAGAAACUCAGCCCUCAUGUGCAGAAUGAAACCUACAGGUUUGGUAGCACCAGCUCCCAACAUACAACCACAUCAGUCAUAUCAGGGCAAGGUGCAUCAGGGCAGAACAGACUGGGGCUACCCCCACUUGUGUUAGGAGUUGGAAGGGGACGUACCCACUCAGAGGAUGUGAGGGAUGCUCUGACGAGCUUGGAUGUGGCUAUACAGGAUACACGUCUUUCUCCAGGGGUCCCUGAUACCCCCACACGUUUGGUAUUUUCAGCCCUGGGACCCACCUCCCUUAAGGUCAGCUGGCAGGAACCACAAUGUGAAAGAGAGCUUCUGGGGUACAGAGUGCACUAUCAAUUACUGAACGGAGGUGAAUCAAGGACCAUUGACGUUACAAACCCACGGGAGAACUCAGUAGUGGUGGAAGACUUGCUCCCCAAUCACUCGUACAUGUUCCGGGUGAAAGGACAAAGCAUGGAGGGUUGGGGCCCUGAAAGAGAAGGUGUUAUCACUAUUGAAUCACAAGUGGAUCCUCAGAGCCCACUCAGCCCUGUUCCAGGAUCUCCGUUCACCUUAAGCACCCCCAGUGCUCCUGGACCACUGGUUUUCACAGCUCUGGCCCCUGACUCCCUGCAGUUGAGUUGGGUGAGACCUCGAAAGCCUAAUGGAACAAUACUGGGGUACCUGAUCACUUGCGAGAUGUUGCAUGGAGGAGGAGAACCACGAACUAUCUACAUUGAAGGUGACAAACCAGAGACUUCCCUUACGGUUCCUUUCCUGAAUGAAAAUCUGCCAUACAAAUUUAAGGUCCAGGCAAAAACAACACAGGGUUUUGGACCAGAGCGAGAGGGGAUAAUUACUAUUGAAUCUCAAGAUGGAGGAAGCUUUUCUCAGUUUGGAACACAACAGAUCACACGUCGGGAGGUGUACAAUCUCCCAGGAGAAUAUACUCAAAGAAACAUCACUCACUCCACCCUAACAGAACCAUUUUUUUCAGAUGGAAUGACCGUCACCUCGCGCCGUAUCGAGGGAGCCAACACAGUUACACAACAGGUCACCAAAGAGUUUGUCACACGGACCAUGGUGUCUGGUGGCUCCCUCAGCAGGCAAGUGGAGCGCCAGUUCUACGAGGCAUGAGAGGGAAAUCUCUCAUCAUGUGACUAAUAUGGACACUGGCUUAUCACUUGCACUUUGUCGCCAAAGCCGCUUUAAGCCUUUCCCUCCUGCCAGAAUCUAAACUGAGCAUCUGAUCCCAAACCCCUGGAACUGUGGUGAUAUAUUUAAUAAGAAAUGGGAGCGCUGAAGAGGGUGGUCAAAGCCCUCCAACUGUUGGAAACUACAGCUCACAGCCUCCCUUUUCAGACUUGGCUAACUGAAGUUGCUAGAAACUGUAGAUUUUAACACACCUACUUUAAAGGAGAAGGAAAGCUACUGAAACAUUUUAUUGCCAAUAGAUUAGCCACAAUAGUGCAAGCUAUAAGACUAUAUUUAUUCUGCAGA